GAUAGUGGAGGGCUCUUUCUUUUCGCUUUGUGAAUUUUGGUUUGUUUCAAUAUUUUGAUUCUAGAUUAUUAAUUUUCAUAAGGAGUUAAAUAAGAAAUGACUGCUGAAAACGAACGCGAAAUAUAUCACAAAUUAGAAGCCAUGAAGGAGAUCAGGAACAAGACGAUAACCCUGGAGCGUCUGAAGCGCAGCAUCAUGAACGAGGUGCGCAGCGGUGACCAGGAGAGCCGCUGCCUGGCGCAGUACAAGCGCGAGAUGGAGCUGCUGCAGCAGGAGAAGAUGAGUCACGUCGAGGAGCUGCGCCAAAUACACGCAGACAUCAACGCGAUGGAGCAGGUGAUAAAACAGACAGAGGAGAGCAUGACGCGCAAGCUGUCGACGGCGUCGCGGCUGCACGAGGACUACCGGCCGCUGAAGGCCGAGGUGGACCUGCUGCGGCGGCAGUGCCUCGGCCUCGACCGCCUGCCCGACCUGCACGAGGAGGAGGGCAGCCCUAUCACACCUGAUCGCUUCCCGCCGCUGUCGGCGGCGCCGGCGCGGGCGGUGCCGUCGUUCCUGGCGCCGCCGCCGCCGCGCAAGCCGCCGCCGCCGCCGCCCGCAUUCAGGUCUGCCCUCGACCAAGAUUUCAUUACCGUCUCGCUGAGGCAGCAGCCGCCGCCCAUGAAGUCCUGCCUGUCGUGCCACCAGCAGAUCCACCGCAACGCACCCAUCUGCCCGCUCUGCAAGGCCAAGAGCCGCUCAAGGAACCCCAAGAAACCCAAGAAGAAAUAGCUCCACCAAUGAACAGCCUCUAUACACGCAGGUACUCGUCACACAACCUACUGACCAGUGUUUGCAACUUACACUUAACAUGUUCCACAGAACGUCUACAGGUGACGUCAUGAAAGUCUAAUGACCCCUGAAGCAUGUUAAAAAUAAUUAUCAAAGAUUCAUUUAUUAAUAAGAGGAUAUUUUUUUUAUUCUAUGAUAAUUCGUAAGGUGUUAUGGACCUGGAAGAGUAGAAAUGAAAAGAAAUUUGACAGCAUUGUAUCUUAAAAAGUACUCAAUUAAAUCUAAUGCUAUACUAUAUACUAUUCUUUUUAAUUCACUUCAAUAUCAAUGUUAAAGGAAUAUAAAUCCUUACGUUUAAUAAUGAGUUAUAUGUAUAGGAGUAUGUCAAAGCACUUUGUUUUAUUUCAACAUUAUUUUUAACUUAUCUACAGAAGUACAUAUAUUAUGUGUAAUAUUUUGGAUAAUCUGGCAUUAUUGAAGAAGCAUUAUUGUCAUACUCAAAAAUCCAUACUUAAUUCAUGAUUUACAUUGGUUUAACAGAAAGCCCGUUGAGGUGUGGGUUCUGAGUUCAUCUUGCGGUGGAUGUACCUCUGACUACCCCAUUUGGGAUAUAGUAGUGAGCUUAUGUUAUGUUAAUUCAUGAUGAAACGUUAUGCAACAUAUCUGUUGACUGUAAUGAUAACGUAAGCCAAAUAAUGUAAUUGACUGGUAGUUAAUUACUUUGUAAAUACUCUGACUCGUGUCUGUGGCGACGUGUCACAAUUAUUGUAGAUAUUGUACAUAAACUGUGAUGUUUAGCGUAACCUAGUUGUAAGCAAAGUAACACUCGAAUAUAUUGGACUCAAUCCCCUAGAGUUACGAAUGUGUGUUGAUACGUAAGUAAAUCAUAAUGGUGGUAACAAAGGCUACUAUUUACCUACUUAAACAAGUAUGUCGUCAUUACGUGGUGUAACGAUCUAACCUAACACAGUAACUGGACUGCUUUUCCCUUCGGAUUAGAAGCCCAGAUUGCCAGCCGCUUCUGUAAAAAAAGGAACUUUAGAACGGUAACUCUCUGCCCCGCACCAAUUGGUAUCGGGCGCUGACUUCACCUCCUCUAGAGUCUUUAGUGUUAAAUGGCCGUAAGCCGCUAACGAGUAAGGGGGUGAGCGCGGACUGUCUAUCUCGCUCGUACUUACACAUUGGUAAGAAAUAUUUGUAUGGUGUGUCUGGAGUUCCUUCAGGUGAAACAAGGUUAAACGCUAUGAGAUGACGUUGGUUGUAAAGUUCUUUCUUUAAGACAGGGUAUCUUUUGCUGUUAUUACGAGAGUCUAUAAGUGUCGACUUUUUUUUAUUAAAUAUUCUUUUGUGGAAAUAUUUGAUGUUUAAUAACAAGAUUAUCUGAAAACAGCAAGCGAUUCUUGAGUCUUGGCAGUGCUUCCUUUUAUUUGUGUGGGUGAUCUCAGUAUUAAUAGUUAAUUAUUUUUUCUACGUUUAUUUGUGUAAUAGAAGAUAAUGUAUAAUAUAAGCAUAUCUAACGGCGGUAAGUUAUGACGUUGUAAAUAAUAAGCCGACAUGAUUGUGAAUAGAUUGUUUUUACAAUAUACGACUCUCUAUGUCAA